AUGGCCACCCUCGAUGCCCUCAAGUCGGUGCUUAGGCAAAGAGCAACAACGACGGCGACAGCAACGGCAGGAUACUUGAAGCAGUCGUUAUCCGACACACAGUACAGCGCUGGCUUUGAUAUCCUAGCGCGGGAAUCAUCAUACCAUGACUUCAUUAUCCCUCAACUAUCUCAGCUGCUAGCCCCUCUCUUCAACUCGCGUAUCCAUAUCUCGGUGUUAGAAAUCGGACCUGGCCCGAAGAGCGUACUCGGAUAUCUGCCCCGUUGUCUGAGACAGAAAGUCACGAGGUACACUGCUUUUGAGUCUAACGGCCUGUUUGCUACAAAAUUAGAAGAAUGGCUUUGCCCUGCCUUGGAGGCAGAGCCUCCAUUUCCAUGCUUGGAAAGACCUCCUGACAUCCACCGGAUCCCGUUUGCCUUAAACAGCAAUAGAGGAAGCGGUACUGAUAACAACAUGGGCGCUAGCAAUGAAAGAUUCGACAUCGUCUUAUUCUGCCAUAGCAUGUACGGCAUGAGACCCAAAGACAGAUUCAUCAAACAGGCACUGGACAUGCUUGUUCAGCGACCCGAUGGCGGAAUGGUAGUUGUUUUCCAUCGCAAUGGGGCGCUGCACGUUGACGGAUUAGUGUGCCAGCGGAUGGCUUCUCAUCCUACCGGGACCGUUUGCGUAGCAGACGAUGACGAGGCACUGGACAAUUUCGCUACUUUCAUCGCAGGGUACGUCGUGCAGGAUACGGAUGCCAACAGAGCUAUCCGGGAUGAAUGGCGUGAGGUGUGCCGUACCUUGGGCCGUCGUGACGAAGCCUACCCAAGCCAUCUCUUGUUCAGCUCCCCCAAUGUCAUGGCGAUUUUUACCAAGCAGGCAACCACGCUGCCUGAGCUGACUGCUCAGGUGCCGCUAGUGAAGGAUAAGAUAGUCAAGAACCGGGAGGCUCUCUUGCAGCGUUCAGCGGCCGUUGUAAGGCCGACAGAGGUCCGACACGUUCAGCAGUGCGUUCAAUGGGCUCUUAAACAUGGGGUUGGCCUGGCCGUCAUUGGCGGGGGCCACAGCGGCCACUGUCUAUGGUCCAACGUCGUCUCGGUCGACAUGGGGGCCUUUGACCAAUUGCACAUUCUCCCAGGCGGCGAGGACGGAGAGCAAUCCGGUUCUGGGGUUGAUUCCUUGGUCGUCGCCGAAGCCGGCUGCAAGACGGGUGACAUCAUUAGCAAGACCAUGGCGGCUGGUAUUACAGUGCCCUUGGGAUCCCGUCCAAGCGUAGGCGCAGGGCUGUGGCUACAAGGCGGCAUCGGGCACCUAGCAAGGCUGCAUGGGCUCGCAUGCGAUGCCAUUGUCGGUGCUGUAGUGGUCAGUGUUGACUCUGGCGACGUGCUUUAUAUCGGCUGUGUACCAAGUCAGCACCGGCCGGCCGGCGCCGUGCGCCCCAAAAACGAAACUGAUUUCUUAUGGGCGCUGAAAGGGGCUGGGACCAACUUUGGCAUCGUAGUCAGCGUUACUUUCAAGGCUUACACGGCUCCUAUCUACUCAACGCGAGACUGGAUUAUCCCGUUGGGCGACGGUCUCGACGCGCGGCUCAAGCUUCGCAAUUUCGAUGAAUCUGUCGCUAGCAAGCUUCCCCGACACUGUUCUGCAGAUGCGUAUCUGUACUGGGAUUCUGCUCAGCUGCAUCUUGGCGUGACCAUGUUCGAGUCUUCCACGACGAAGCUCAUCUCUGAAACGCCCCUGUCCACUCCCCCGACUGUGGUCGCAGCCUUGGGACCAGAAGACAAUUUCAAGGCGGCCAUUGAUGGUGUUGGUUUGUUCGAGGCUGAGAUUUACAUGUCCCAAAUGCACGGCGGGCACGGCGGCAGCAAGACUUCCGCGUUCAAGCGAUGCUUGUUCUUGAAAAACAUCGGAACAACGAGAAUUGCCAGUAAGCUAGUGAAGGCUUUAACAACUCGUCCCACGCCACUCUGCUAUCUCCAUCUGCUGCACGGCGGUGGAGCGAUCGCCGACGUCGCGGAUGAUAGCAGUGCCUUUGGUUGUCGAGACUGGGACUUUGCCUGCGUGGUGACCGGCGUGUGGCUCCGCAACCAAGAUGGAACUGAAGUCGCUCAAGCUGCCAAGCAGUGGGUAUACGAUGUCGCCCGGGACUUGUUACCCGUAAGUACUGGGGCUUACAGCACGGAUCUUGGGCCAGACCCGAGAGACGCCGCGCUGGCAGCCAAGGCUUUUGGUCCAAACCGGCCCCGUUUGGCUCGUCUCAAGCACAACUUAGACCCUCACAAUGUGCUGGCGUACGCCUGUCCGCUCCCGGAAACACCAGUGGAAACGAAACUGAUCAUUCUCGUCACGGGCGACAGCUGCGCCGGUAAAGACUAUUGCGCCGAGAUAUGGGUCUCUGCUUUUACCGAGUACGCCCACAAACGCCUCACAGCGCGCUCAGUCAGCAUAAGCGAUGCGACCAAGCGGGAAUACGCGGCGCAGACCGGUGCCGAUCUCAACCGCCUGAUUCGAGAUCGUGCCUAUAAAGAGCAACACCGGCCGGCAUUGACAUCCUUUUUUCAGGACCAGGUACAGCAUCGACCGCAGUUGCUGCAGGAGCAUUUUUUGGAUGUGGUGCACGGUGCGGUAGAUGUGGAUGUGUUGCUAAUCACCGGGAUGAGAGAUGAGGCGCCAGUCGCGGGCUUGUCGCAUUUGGUGCCAGACAGCAGACUGCUCGACGUUCGCGUCCAAGCGAGCGAAGAGACGCGGCGUGCUCGCCGAGGAUGCUGCAGCAGCGGUGACGACCGUAACGACAACAAGGACAGCAACAAUGGCGGGCUGAAUCCGACGGCCUUGGACUACCGUCCCAGUUUCAUCUUCAAGAACGAUGCGCCUGGAGACGAGGCAGCAAAAAAGCUUGCCGAAGAGCGACUGCUUCCCUUCUUCCAUGAAGACCUGCAGCGACUGGCUAGCAUGGUGCGCUCAGUUCCCGACUUUCCACGCCCGGGCAUCAACUUCCGCCACGUGCUCGACAUCUCGCAACAGCCGGGUGGACUGGCGCUGUGCACGUCUCUACUACAGUCGCACUUCAUGGGCGAAUGGGCUAAGGUCGAUGUGAUAGCGAGUUGCGAGGCUGGCGGCUUUGUCUAUGCAUCAGCAUUAGCCCUGCGGGUCGAUGUACCCUUGGCAUUAAUUCGCGAAGCUGGCAGGCUGCCUCCACCGACUGUUUCCGUCCUCAAGCCUACCUCGCAUAUCUCGUCGUCAGUAUGCAACGGCUCGGGAGAGAAAAGCAUCGAAAUCGACCGGGAUUUGAUCCCCAGAGGCGCGUCGGUGGUGGUGGUGGACGACGUGCUUGCGACUGGAAAGACACUCCGUGCGGUCCUCCAGCUACUAGAAAAGGCAAAUAUCAAGGCAGAGGAUGUGAGUGUCAUUGUCGUGGUCGAGUUCCCGGUUCACCGUGGCCGGGAAUUUCUGCGGCAGCAUGGCUUUGGGAGAGUCAACAUCCAGAGCCUUUUGGUCUUUGGUGGUGCUUAG